AUAGCUACUUCCUCUUAUCCGAUCCCCUCGAUUUUUGUUAGAAUCCAUGGCGUCUCUCUCGACGACAAGGGAUGAGGUUUUUUCUUCUUUGGCAAAGAUAAGGAAGAAGGUUAGAAAGCGUAGGUCAACAAAGAAAGGUCAUAACGUUUCGGCCAUGAAGUCACUUCCCAACGAUCUUUUGUUGGAAGUGAUUGCUAAGGUUGCUACGAAUUCUUUCGAUGAUCUUUGCCGCAUUAGGCAAACUUGCAAGGAGUUUAACGAGGCGGGGCAAGAGGACUAUAUUUUUCAACAUGUAUCGAUCGAAAAGCUUCCACUCUUUCCUUUGAGAAAAAGGAAACGAUUUUCUGAAUUAAUGAGACGUUGCCAAAAGUGUGGCAAUGCAGAGGCUCUGUAUAGACAAGGAGUGCUUGAUCUUUUUAGCUUGAGGAAUCGAUAUGAAUUCGAAUCGGGAUUCGAGUGUUUGGAGAAAGCUACAGCAAAAGGUCACAUAGAAGCAACGUAUCUUUAUGGGGUAUUCUUAACUUGUGUAGGAGGUGAGGCGAAGCAACAAGGUCUACAAUCCUUGUGUAGUCUCAAUGGUAAAGAUUUAAGUGAAUCAAGAGAAAGGUUUAUGACUUUCAUUCAAAGUAUGUGGGUGAAUAAUGUCCUAGUACGUAAAAUACUUGCCUACAAUGAUCGUGUUAAAGCAUGCAGCCAAUGCGGAAAUUUGCAGAAUAAUUUCGUAACCAAACGAGGCUGGGACGAUGUUUACGACGAAGGUGAUAACUUAAAUGGGUGUGGUUCAUGCAAGAUGAAUCGAGAAGUAAAUAUUUUUUGUGAUAGAUUACGUAGCUCUACAUAUGUCAAUUCAUUGUGAAGCGGUUAAAUUGUAUUUAGUGGAUAGAUACAUCCAAUUCCCCCUCCCCCUUUCCAGGAGUAGUGCUUGAUUGUUUAGUAUGGGAUGCUUAAUAGAUGGGUGCGUUUCUCUGUUUGUAUCGAGAUGGAGGUUACAAGUCAAACGUAGCUUCCAUCAAUUCAUUACUAGAAGUAACUGAUCUUUCCUUCAAAAAAAAAAAAUAAAUAA